ACUUUGACCCAAGUGGCCAUUUGAAACUGUGACACAUGUGUGCAGUAGGGAAGGUGUUUAUGGACUUAUAACUUCUAUGUACUAAGCUACAGAACACACAGUCGACGUUUUUCGUGUAAAACCAGCCACUGCUUAUUGUCAGAAAAGCCAUGGCCCUUCGCGGGAAGACGAAGUUCCUGCUGAGUGUGUUCACAGCCAUCAUGGUGUGGGCCUACCUGAACUACCCCGUCCCUCCCUUCUCCUUCGAGCUCACGGAGUGGAGACGCACCGGCAGAUUUUUCUCACAUGGAGACUUCAAGAUUUUCUACCAAGAUGUGAAUGGAACAGGGAGACCACAGGACGUUCUUCUCUGUGUCCACGGCUUCCCUACUGCCAGCUACGACUUUGCCAAGGUGUGGGAGGGGCUGAAUGGGAGGUUUGGUCGUGUCAUUGCGUCGGACAUGCUCGGCCUUGGCUUUAGUGACAAACCGUAUGGCCACAACUACACAGUGUCGGAGCAGGCCUCCAUCACAGAGAAGUUACUGAAGAAGCUGGAAGUGGAAGAAGUGCACAUCUUAUCACAUGACCUGGGGGACACUGUAGCACAGGAACUGCUCAGAAGGUUUCUUUAUCGUCAGAAGUCCUCCAGUAAAGGUGCACGAUACCUGAAGAUCAAGAGUUUAUGUCUUAUGAAUGGAGGGGUAUUUCCUGAGACCCACCAUGCAACAUUCAUGCAGAAAAUCAUGCUGAAUCCAUGGCUUGCACCUUUAACAAGACUGAGCAACUACUAUAUCUUCAAAAAUGGCUUUGGAAAGGUCUUUGGCCCCAACACUCAGCCCGCAGCGAUGGACUUCGUUGAUUUUUGGGUCCUCCUGCGGUGGAACGAUGGAUAUCUUGUCAUGCCUGGAUUGCUCCAGUACAUUGCUGAACGACAUGAGAACAGGGAUGUCUGGGUGGGGGCACUGCAGAAGUCUACUGUACCAGUACACAUGAUCUAUGGUCCAGCUGACCCUGUCAAUCCACCAGUCUUUGCAGACAGAUACAGAGAGCUGCUUCCCAAAGCGACUAUCACCGUACUAGACAAGCACAUCGGCCACUACCCACACUGGGAAGACCCCAUGGCGGUCCUCAUGGCUUACUUUGGUUUUCUGGAGAAGGUUUCUCCCCUUACACAGCCUCAGGCUACAGGAGAAACGUAACAAGAAGAGGAAAUCUAAUGGCCUCUGCUGUGGAAAUGUUUUCAGCACCAAGGACAGGGCAGCAGCUGAUAUACUGUUAAUGAAUACAUUUACUUUCGCGGUGGGUUUAAUCUUGCAGUAGGAGGGAAAAUGAGGGUUUCAUGUUCUUUGAAGUUUGCUGUUGAAACAAUUCUGUUGCACUGUGAAACUAUAAAACAGAUAUUCGUAGUGAUGUGAUUUCGUGGUAAUAGGCCACUGCAACAAAAAGCGAAAAUAAAACUUCAAAAAUAAAACUACAUGUAGAACAAACGUUUAUCCAAUUACUCUAUCAACAAUAUUCCAUGGAACAAAUCAUGAUGACGUUGUACCAACUUGAAGGUUUUUGUUGGAGCCAAAAAUUUUGGAAUACAUGUAUGUAAUAGCUAAUGUUACAAAUCUAUAUAAAGUUGUUGAAGGGCAUUUGAAUUGUAUAUAAUUUGUAUGGUGACUAUUUCAUAUGGUUUUUAUAUUUUACUUAAAUGAAAUAAAGAAAUUUAUUGUGUUCCCU